UGACAGAACUGAGCAGACAGGAAAGUGAAGUAGGGAUUUAUAGGGUGAUAUGACAGUAUAAAGGUGCUUCAGCUCCAUUGGUUUUUACACAUCAAGUCAUCGUCAAGACAGUAUGAAGGUUGUGCCGGUCUUAACACUGCUGUUCCUGCUGCUGUGUAGCACUCAAGUGCUCACGCUCGAGUGCUAUUCCUGUGUGGGAAGUGAUGAAAAUGAAUGCAAUGAUGUGAAGACAUGCAAAGAAAACGAAUUGUACUGCAAGACUACUGGCUCUGGAAGUGAAGUCCAUAUGGACUGCUCGGAGACGUGUGUCGAAAGCUCUACAACUACCUGCUGUCAAACAAACCUGUGCUGAAGAGGAGGCAUAGUCUUACUCUUGCAUUCAGUUUCUCAUUAAUGAAAGCAAAAAAUGCAGAAAAUUGUAUAAUCAGAGUGGACAAUCAAAUUAAGUUUCACUAAUAGUAUGUGAACAAAUAAUAUGUUUGAUUGAGCAUCUCCUGAGCUUCUGUACAACACUCAAUGGACAAGAGCUGUGAUUUAUUUUGUACAAACACAAACAGUUAAUCCCUCCCUUGUUGGUUUGUGGGUCAGUGAUUUCUAUGUGGGUCGCUGUCUGUCAACUCUGAUGUCAUAAUAAAAAGACGUCUUCCAAUCUCA